CGACCUUGUUGUCUAGGUUCGGGCUAAGACUUUCCGUCAGAAGGCCGGCAAGUACGCCCGCGUCUCACUGUUACCAUAGCGACGGUACCUCCGGACUGCAGAUCCUCGCUGCCCUGUCAACAUCCGUUCGCGUUGGCAGCGCCCGAGACCCGGGUAGGAAACGAUGUAAAAGAAUCUUCUGAUGUCAUAAUUUCUGGGUGUCACUGGAACAUUUGAUCAUCAUUCCUUCGGCAAUUCCAGGCUUCUAUGGAAGGUCAGUAGAAGCAGUUGAUUUAUUCACCUCUACAGGAAUCAGACUCGGCCUAUUUUGGUUUUCAGUGAAUUAUGCCUUUUCGGAUUGGGACCCAGCCACGGACGUUUCCAGUGGAAGGAGGAGAUUCUACUAUUGGGCUGGAACCUGGACUGAGCUCCGGUGCUGCUUAUAACGGGAAAGAGAUAUCACCAGCCAGGCAACUCCGAAGAUGCCAUGGAAGUCAUUGCCUGACAAUCACUGAUGUUCCCAUCAAUGUCUAUGCAACAAUGCGAAAGCUACCUGCACAAAGCAGCAAGGAAAUGCAUCCUAAAUAACAUCACUGAGUCUUUUGUGGAGGCUGCCUAGGUCCAGGGUCAUGUAGCAGUAGGGUCUUAUGAUCUGAUAAACAAAUAAAAGUUGUGGCACCUUUGGAUGAUGACAAAAGUUGAAAUAUUUAUUUUUAGUAGGAAAAGACAGAAAUGUAGUCUGUAAAACAUGUGUAGUAAUAAGCCAUCAGUUAUUUUUGAUAGAUAAGGCAAAAUAAUAUUUCACAAUUAGAAAGUACCUUAGAGAUUAUCUUGCUUAGAGUGGAUCCUUAAUAAUAAUUCAGGAUGUUUAUUUAGUCAGGACGGACCCAUUCUAAAUGCUUACUGUGUUAUAGGCCUGUUUCCUUUGUUUAUAUUUGAGUUGCUAUUUAGCUGAAUCUUUUCACUUGCAUACCCUAAGCCAGUUUCUGACUUGAUAUAUUUUGAUAAUGCUCUGCCCAGGAAUAAUUAUAUGAGGUGAUAAAUGGAACUCAGUGGAUUGUGUAAUUUGGAAGAAUACCCAAAAUCAAAGAAAGUUAGUUCUUAGUCAUGGUUAAUCUGCAAAGCAUAUAAAAUGCUUGCAUAUAGGGGCUCAGGUUAUUGAUUAAAUUUAUUAUAAUAAUGUGAAGGCUAUGGUUCUAACCCAAUUUUUUCUUUUUUCUGGAAAAAUGAUAGGCUAUCAUCACACUGUACCUCAAGUCCCAGCCAGUCACCUUGAAAUUGUCUACAGUUGGUAUUGAGAAACUUCAGACGGAUGUUUUUAUUUGAUUUGACUUGAGGAUCAGUUUUGAGGUCUAGGCCAGCUCUCCAUGUUUUCUUUUUCUUCUUGCAAUAGUCCCAAGAAAUUCAGCCUGAUUUCCUUUCCUCUGGAUGUUUGCCACCAUCCAUCCCAUAAAAUUGUCUUCUACAAAAGACUGGCUUUAGCAUCAGGUAGUUUCUCUAGUUUCUUGUCUACCGUGCUGCUCCUGAAGAUAUACACAUAAGCCUUUUAAAAUGAAAGGUUUGCUGGUUUAUAAUUGCAUGGAUGUAGAUGCAUGUGUACUAGAGGAGGUAAAAAAGAAAAACUGCCAGGGAUUUAUAAAUGGAGAAAUUCUGAGAGUUUUAUAUAUUCGAUGUAUAAAGUAGAAAUGUUCACACAGUGCUGGGAGGUAUUUGAAUUCCAAUCAGCCAGAAAGGAAAAACCUUGCUAAAUAUUUUGGGAAUUGAAUAGAGAGACGUCAGAAAAGUCACGCCUUAGAAGGAGGUCUAAAUGCAUACACACUUUAACAAAGCUUAAGAAUGAAAUUUGAGAGACUCAAGGUGAUCCCUAAGUAAC